AGUUAUAAAUUACCACAAUAGAAACAAUGGAGUAGAGAGUCUAAAGCCACAAUAUAGUUCUCUCAGAAGGCAAAAGAAAUAAUGGAGAGAUCAGUGAAGUUGCAUGGGCACUGGGCUAGUCUUUUUGUACAUAGAGUUCAACUGGCUCUUCAUUUGAAAGGUGUAAAGUAUGAGUUCAUAGAGGAGGACCUUGACAAUAAGAGCUCUUCUCUCUUGUUGUACAACCCUGUGUAUAAGAAGGUUCCUGUUCUUGUUCAUGGGGACUGCCCUGUAGCUGAGUCCUUAGUCAUCCUUCGGUAUGUAGAUGAUGUUUGGAAAGACAACCCUAUUAUGCCUGUUGAUGAUCCUUAUGAACGUGCCAUGGUCUCCUUUUGGUGUCACUUUGUUGAUAAUAAGUUGUUUAAAUCCUUUGGAGCAGCGAUUAGAGCAUCAGGUGAAGAACAAGCAAAGGCCAUUGAAGAGUUUCAUCAAAACUUAAUGUUUUUGGAGCAAAAGCUUGCUGAAAAGGGGAGUAAAUUUUUUGGGGGUGAAAAAAUUGAUAUGCUUGACAUUGUUAUUGGAUGUGGUUCUCACUGGUUCAAAGCAGUUGAAGAGUUAUCAGGACUGAAGCUCAUUGAUCCCAUUUUGUUCCCUCACUUCCUUGAAUGGAAGCAGAAUUUUAUUGAAAGUCAGGAAGUGAAGGAAGUCAUCCCUCCUUUUGAAAAACUCACUGACUAUGCCAAAAGCAUUUACAAGAAAAUUUUGGGCCAUGAUAACAAUUAAAUUAAAGAUUUGAACUUAUUGCUUUUAUAUCUUGUUAUUGUUAAUUUGUUUGGUUUAAUAUGGACAUGUUUUGUUGUUCUUGUAUCAAGACAUUUGAGAUUUGUUCCAGGUGUAUUGUGUAUCUUCAAUAUAUGAGUGAAUAAUGGUUGUUAUAAA